AUGAAGAAAGACAAGCAACUAAAGAGAGAACAACUUCUUGCAGGUGAUGAGAUAUUAAGAAGUCACAGUAGAGAAAGGGAUGGAAAAUGCUACAGCUAUAUAUGUGAUGGGAGUUGCAGGAAUCCAACCCGAGUUGAGCAACCAUGUGAACCUACACCACCACCAUCACCACCAACACCACCAACUCCUCCAACCACCACAUCAUGUGCCUGUCAUCACGAGGGAAGAAUGUAUAUUCCAGGUGAUGAAAUAUUAAGAAGUCACAGUGGAGAAAGGGAUGGAAAAUGCUACAGCUAUAUAUGUGAUGUCAGCUGCAAGCAACCAACCCGUAUUGAACAACCUUGUGGACCUACACCACCACCACCAACACCACCAACUCCUCCAACCACCACAUCAUGUGCCUGUCAUCACGAGGGAAGAAUGUUUAUUCCAGGUGAUGAAAUAUUAAGAAGUCACAGUAGAGAAAGGGAUGGAAAAUGCUACAGCUAUAUAUGUGAUGGCAGUUGCAGGAAUCCAACCCGAGUUGAGCAACCAUGUGAACCUACACCACCACCAUCACCACCAACACCACCAACUCCUCCAACCACCACAUCAUGUGCCUGUCAUCACGAGGGAAGAAUGUAUAUUCCAGGUGAUGAAAUAUUAAGAAGUCACAGUGGAGAAAGGGAUGGAAAAUGCUACAGCUAUAUAUGUGAUGUCAGCUGCAAGCAACCAACCCGUAUUGAACAACCUUGUGGACCUACACCACCACCACCAACACCACCAACUCCUCCAACCACCACAUCAUGUGCCUGUCAUCACGAGGGAAGAAUGUUUAUUCCAGGUGAUGAAAUAUUAAGAAGUCACAGUAGAGAAAGGGAUGGAAAAUGCUACAGCUAUAUAUGUGAUGGCAGUUGCAGGAAUCCAACCCGAGUUGAGCAACCAUGUGAACCUACACCACCACCAUCACCACCAACACCACCAACUCCUCCAACCACCACAUCAUGUGCCUGUCAUCACGAGGGAAGAAUGUAUAUUCCAGGUGAUGAAAUAUUAAGAAGUCACAGUAGAGAAAGGGAUGGAAAAUGCUACAGCUAUGUAUGUGACAUCAGUUGCAAGCAACCAACCCGAAUUGAACAACCAUGUGGACCUACACCACCACCACCAACACCACCAACUCCUCCAACCACCACAUCAUGUGCCUGUCAUCACGAGGGAAGAAUGUAUAUUCCAGGUCAGGAAAUAGUAAGAAGUGAUAGUAGAGAAAAGGAUGGAAAAUGCUAUAGCUAUGUAUGUGAUGGCACAUGUAAGAAAACCACCCGAAUUGAGAAACCAUGUAUACAUACACCACCAACACCACCACCAAAAACACCCCCUACAGUCACAGUCACAGAAUGUGCCUGUCAUCACGAGGGAAGAGUGUACAUGCCAGGUAAAUCACACCUCACUUGA